CGCGUGAGGGGGGUUGCGUGAGCACUGAGCAGCCAAUAAAAGCGCGUUUACAUCACGCGACUUCAGGUCAACAAUUUCCAAUCCCCAAUUUGUGAUACAAACGUGUACUUUCGCAGCCCAUUCCCUAAUUCCCCCAACCUAAUCCACCAAUUCAACCUUCAAUCCCGAAAAAAAUUCGAAGAAUUCAUCCUCCAUUCUCCGAUCUACGUCUCCGCAGAAGAAAACGAGCUGAAAAAUCAACAAUCGAUCGAAUCCGCCGUUGACAAAAUUUUUUCAAACUUUUAUGAUCGGCAAGGAUGUACAGCAAUUUCAAGGAGCAAGCGAUCGAGUACGUCCGGCAGGCGGUGGCGGAGGAUAAUGCCGGGAACUACGCCAGAGCGUUCCCGCUGUACAUGAACGCCUUGGAGUAUUUCAAAACCCACCUCAAGUAUGAAAAGAACCCUAAAAUUAAGGAAGCCAUCACGCAGAAAUUCACCGAGUACUUGCGCCGGGCCGAGGAGAUCCGGGCCGUGCUUGAUGAGGGCGGUUCGGGACACUCUGCCAAUGGGGGGGAUGCUGCCGUGGCGACCCGGCCCAAGACCAAGCCCAAGGAUGGGAAAGAUGGGAAUGAUGGGGAUGAUGCUGAUAAGGAGAAGCUUCGGUCUGGUUUGAAUUCCGCGAUUGUUAGGGAGAAGCCCAAUGUUAAGUGGAACGAUGUUGCCGGAUUGGAGAGCGCCAAGCAGGCCUUGCAGGAAGCUGUGAUUCUUCCUGUGAAAUUCCCCCAGUUCUUUACUGGGAAAAGACGCCCAUGGAGGGCGUUUCUUUUGUACGGUCCACCUGGAACAGGAAAAUCAUACUUAGCCAAGGCUGUUGCCACUGAAGCUGACUCGACAUUUUUCAGUAUUUCUUCUUCAGACUUGGUUUCAAAAUGGAUGGGUGAAAGUGAAAAGCUAGUCGCUAACCUCUUCCAAAUGGCACGAGAAAGUGCUCCCUCCAUUAUAUUUGUUGAUGAGAUAGAUUCCCUUUGUGGCCAACGUGGAGAAGGAAAUGAGAGUGAAGCUUCCAGACGAAUUAAAACAGAACUGCUGGUGCAGAUGCAGGGCGUAGGCCACAAUGACGAUAAAGUUCUUGUUCUUGCUGCAACAAAUACUCCUUAUUCUCUUGAUCAGGCUAUUAGGCGACGAUUUGACAAGCGCAUUUACAUCCCCCUACCAGAUGCGAAGGCAAGACAGCACAUGUUCAAGGUGCAUUUAGGAGAUACACCUCAUAACUUGACUGAAGCUGACUUUGAAGCCCUAGGUCAGAAAACUGAAGGUUUUUCUGGUUCUGAUGUUUCUGUUUGUGUGAAAGAUGUCUUAUUUGAGCCUGUCCGCAAAACCCAAGAUGCUAUGUACUUUUUUAAGACUUCUAGUGGAAUAUGGAUACCAUGCGGACCCAAGCAACAAGGUGCCAUCCAGAUAACCAUGGAGGAGCUUGAUGCACAAGGACUUGCUUCAAAGAUUACUCCACCACCUAUAUCAAAAUCAGACUUUGAUAAGGUGCUUGCGAGACAGAGACCGACUGUGAGCAAAAGCGACCUUGAUGUGCACGAAAGAUUCACCAAGGAGUUCGGUGAGGAAGGUUGAAGAACGUGUGGUGAUUGGGUUUUGUUUUUUUCUUCGACUCGGUGCAAUUUCAAGGCAUUUGUAUAUUGUGUUUUAUUCACUGGAUUUAAACAUUAUUAGCCCUCAUCGAUAGGUGACCGCAUAUUUAUCCUGCACUUGGCUGGAAAAUGAGCCGACACUUUUCAAAAUGCAUGUUAUCUUUUAAAUGUUGUGUACAAACAUUAAAACUACUGCAACGAAUGUUGUUAAUAUAUGGUGUGUUUUUCAUGU